ACGGCUGAGGUUUACCUGUGCUGUAAAUGAUUCAGAUAAAGAAUGAAUCAUUGUGUGUUAUUAUUAUACUGACUAGUGGAUAAGAAGGUGGGAAAUAGCAAGCUGUUGCCUCACGCGUGAUCGCAAACACCAACGAGUCUAUAAAAUUAUUGUUAUGGAGGAAUUGUGAACGGAAUUAGGCCUAUGUGUUGACGAAUUAAUGCGUCGCACGUGUUGAUGAGCGCACGUGACGUAUGACUUAGCGUCGAUAUUUUUUAACCAAACAUUAAAAUGUUUGCGCAUGCUGUAGAAUGCGAAAAUUCGGGCAAUUAUAAUCCUUCCAUGCUUGAUUCGAUUCUUCCGUGUAGGUCUGUUUGGAAUUUGUUACACAUUACGUAUCCUUCAGUGGAGACGUGUAGCAGUGUGUUUGUUGUUCAGUUUCCCAAACGGUUACGAAUACAUUUGCUUUUGGAAGGUGUUGAUAAUCAACGCCCAAGGAUUACCACGAAUCGUAUACACUCAGCAGACUUGCUUUAUAUCCUAUACUACUUGAUAAUAGGAUUUAUUUGUUCAUUGUUUAAUCUGCUUUACACAAUUACUGUACUGGUGGAUCAUUGCAUUCUGUGUUUCCUUUUUGAGUAGACUUAGCCCGUCGUCAGCACAUUUCGAUGCUGCCUGUAGUCGGUUCGUGGACGUAGGCCUGUACGGAAUAUUUUAUUAUUUAAAUAUCUUUAAAAGUUCGUCUUCAGAUAUUUUUCAGAGUACAGCUGAUCCUCGGGGAUAAUGUCGGAUACUCUUAACGAAUCAGUUUAUCGGCAACUACUUGUGGAUUAAAGCAAGGAUACCAACGGUAAACACAGGAAGUGACGUGGAAAACGGGAAGUACAGUAGGCGUACGCACGUUGAUGUAAAUGAAAGUUAUGUAACAGGAUUGGCUAGGAAAAUCACAACGCGUAUGAAUCACUUGGGAUCCUUUAAGCCGAAUUCUGCACGGAAGGGUUCAUAUAAAUCUGAGAAUAGACAUUUGUACUACAAACAAACAAGAUUUAAUUGCCGGAUUUUUUCGUAUUUUUGGAUGAUGAGGUCCUAAUACCCACUUAAUACCGGGUUCAACGACUACAGAACUUAUAUAAUUGUAGAAUUCUCAGACAUACGGGAUCUUCAGAUGUCGCCAAAAGCUCCAGGUAUCGGAACAUGGUCGUACAGCGUCAACAUGGCGUUUGAGAUACCUAUAGCAGUUGUUGCUAUAUUGGGAAACCUACUCGUAAUGUUUGCUGUAUACAAAAAUCGACACUUACGAUCAGUUACUAACUCGUUUAUCGUGUCACUGGCUCUAGCGGACUUCCUUGUGGGAUUAGUCGCAAUACCUUUCGCUUUGAUUACCAAUGCCAAGGUAUCAAUGGACAAACACCUUUGUUUGUUUUUAAACUCGUUUAUUGUUGUCUUAACACAAAUUUCAAUUUUGAGCUUACUUGCAAUCGCCGUGGAUCGCUACUUUGCUGUGGUUUCACCUCUGAAAUAUCGACGCGUUGCCAACACGAAAAGAGCGCUCUGCGUUAUCAUUGUUACGUGGGUUGUUGCAUUUAUCGUUGGCCUGGUUCCCGUUAUGGGUUGGCAUCUGGAACCAAAAGACUCAUCGUGCAACUUUGUCAGCAUUAUAGAUAUGAACUACAUGGUGUAUUUCAAUUUCUUUGGCUUUGUUCUGCCGCCAUUGGUAAUUAUGUUAUGUAUUUAUAUCAAGAUAUUCAGCAUAGUUCGUCAGCAAAUAAAGCAAAUAUCUAAAACAGUGGUAGCAGCAAACGAUGACGAAAUGGCUCACCACCUCUCAAUGUUAACUGUGAAAGAAGGAAAAGCGGCCCGAGCUUUGGCGAUCGUCAUAAUUCUUUUCGCCGUUUGUUGGCUGCCGCUUCACAUUUUAAACUCAAUAAGCUUGUUCUGUAAAGAUAUCAAUAUCCCAUACGUUUUAUUGUUAACAGCUAUAAUUUUAUCGCAUGCCAAUUCGGCUAUGAACCCAUUUGUCUACGCGUAUAGCAAUAAUGAAUUCCGAAGAACUUUUAAAAAGGUGAUUGGAUCAUGCGCUGUAUGUAAGUAUUUUAAAUCAAAAGGAUGGGCCUUAGGUUUAACAACAAGUAUGGAUUUUACGGAAGCUAGUGUAAUGGUGCAUCCGAUUAGAAACAGCACUGUCAACCAAACUGCACUUCUUGCCAUGACGCCGAUGUUAGUAAAGAAACCACAUUCGUCACCAAAUGGACGGGCAGUAGAAAAUCAAAAUAAUGUUUCAAUGGUGUGAUAUUACAUAAUAAUAAUUUCGGCAGUAGGCAGACGUCCCAUCACGCAUAUAAUAUUGUGUUGACGCAAUGAAUUGUGACAACGUGAUCUUCCGUGUAAACGACGCAAUUUUCGCUCUGACGACGCGGUAUGACGUAUUGGCAAUGAACCGUUGCUUGAUAAGAUAAUUUAUUUAAACAAUAGUCUAAUGAUUUCCACAAUCGAGUACGGUAUAGGCCUAUGCGUGACUCUCUACUUAAGCAUAAUCUAGUACCCAGACCUACAUGUUUGGUCGAGGUUUGAUUGACAUGUCUUCAUAUUUCUAUUUAUAACAUUACAACUAUACCUGACCAUAAAACAUUUUGACAAUGCCUGUUGAAAUAUGCAAUCAAUCUGUCAUGCGUCAUUUUUGACGAGACAGCAAAAGGUAUGCGAAGUUAAUUAACAGAAAUAUAAUUUUAACUGGCGCUAGCGCCUGACAACUAAUGCAUGGCUGACACGACCAUAGCAAUUCAUAAGGCGCACGUACGCCAACUAGAGUUUUGGGGGUUUUUUUGCCAUUUAAAGUAUCCGUCAUAUAGCACAUGCAGAAUUCUUGCCAUUUCUUGUUCACUACUUGACACAUUUACACCCACGUGUACGUAGGCCUACUUGUAGCCCCCGUUGUAGCCCAUUUUGCGCGAUAUCGGGUUUGUGGUGUGAAUACGUGAAUACAUUUCUGUGCCAUAGCCACUGAUAUUUGGUGGAGCUCUACGUUUACCUUACGUGAUUGGUUUUCAUUUACGAUAUUAAAUUCUAUUUUUAUUGCAUCACUUGGUUCAUCACUAAAUAGAUUGUGAUUUUUUCCAUCACCCCGCAACAUCCUUUUCCUCUAUUCUAACUGUUCGACGUAGACUGCAUUUGGGAUUGCGCAUAACGAAUUAUUACGUAAUAAAAAGUUCACGACGAGAGUGCAGUGUAUGUCUUACAUGCAUGUAUGUGGGUAAGGAAUCCACGUACGUCAGAGACAAUCAAACAUCGAUUAAUAUUUAUUAAGACAAAAAUGAAUCUCUGGAUGCUUCAUACAACAGUAAACGCUUUUAAUUUAUUAUGGCGUGCGUCAACUAAUGAGAAGAACCAUUAAUAUUAUUGUUAUAAUUGCUGUCUUAAAUGAAACAUUACCAAGAAAUUAAUAAAUCUUGUGUUUGUAAAGAAUAACGAUAGAACAAUUUAAUGAUCAUGGUAUUAGUCGGUGAGUUCGAUAAUAUUUAGAAUGUAAAUUAAGUACUUAUGUAGAUGAAACAGAGGCAGAGGGUUAAAAGGGAAAGUUUGUAACAGUGCCAGAGAAAUACUGUAAUUCAAGUAUAUUAAGGGCCUACAAACAUAACAAUGAAAAAAAUGUGGAAAUACCUCAAUGUUUUAAAUGCCGUUCACUAAAUUGAAAUCAAAAAGAAAUUGGAUUUGGUUUGGCGGCACGUCGCUCGAUGAAUUAUCUGUCGUGGGCGAAAAUGUCACAAUCGUGCUGUCAAUGCAGGCCAGAAAAAUGAUAGUUCACUUACGAAAUCCACCUGUACAAUUGUCAUUUGAAAAUGCAUUAGAAUUCCUCUAAAUAGUUUGAUCCAUUAACAGUGGCGUCACGAAGUUUGUGGGGCCCUGGCGCUGACUGUUUGGGGCCCUCAUACAUGCCAAGUUCGACAAAUUUGCAGGCGUGAGACUUUUGUUUAAAAAAACCCUCGCAUGGGGUGGGGUAGGGGGUGAGCGGGGCAUCUCCUGAAAUGUUUUUUUUUCCCUAGAUACCAGGAAAUGCAUUGUUUGCUACUUUAGUGUUGUAUUUUUACAAUUGAAAAUCUGAAUAUUUCUGCCGUCUAAGAUCGAAACUAUGGGACCCUACUCAUUGACAUGAGCCGCGCGCGUGGCAGUUGGCAGUGUGUUCUUGAUCCUAUGAUGCAGCUAAUUUUAUCUGAUCUGAUCGAAAAACGAGUAAGAGAAAUAUUUACUGACAAUUAUUAGAAUUUAUCAACUAAAGAACACAUGAGAUACCAUAAAAUAAAAUUAUAUGAUAAUGGUGUAAUUAUGAAGAGACAUCAGAAAAAAAAUAUUUGAUUUUUUAAAGUUCGAGCCAAGCUCUUUGUUAAAAAAGAUCCACGCUGUCAAUUUCGGGCCCAUCGUACAUGGGGCCCUGGCAAUCNNNNAUCCCCCCCCCCCCCCCCCGUCAGCGCCCGAGCGUGACGCAUAUCCAUUAAAGAAUAUCAAAAAGCUGAAAGGAUGGUGCUAAUUACAUUUUAUUCAAUUACCAACUACCGUGUGUCGGCGCCUUACUUGCAUAUAUUUCUCAUUUACAGUUGUUUCUCCAUUAAAUUUUAAGUUCAUUAUCGCCUCUGUUCGUUUUGUUACAGUUCUGCCGUUUAGUCAGUAUCAAAUAUACAUAAGCCUAAGGGCUUUCAGAAUGAUUUCUGUGUCGGUUAUGGUCUCUUCGUGUGGAAGGUCUCUGUCAUCAUGUAUUCGAUUGUACAUGCUUUUAACUAUGUGAGCCAUCGAGAACUGUUUAUUGUCAUACCAUUGUUGUAUAGUUAAUAAAAACAUAAGUGAUGAUAAACAUAAUAACCUAAUUGAAACUGUAACUUAAUUGAAACUGUAAAUACAUAUAAUAAUGUCUUUCCAAUGUUGUAAUGUUUGUUACCGUGCCAAUGGCAUCGGGUUCUAUAACCAGUGCAAUUUUAAUGGCUGAAUAAACAAUGAAUUCAAUA